GCGCGCCCCAUUGUUCCAUCAGCCCGUUUGUGCGCUCGGUUUCCUCCGCAACAACAAAACUUUCCUGCCGCGCCGGGCGAUAUUGGGCUCCUCUGUGCUUUGGCAACCUGAAAUAUUGGAGUCUCUGUUUCUGAGAGGAAAACAAAAAGAUUAAGGAUGUACAGCUUCAUGGGCGGCGGGCUGUUCUGUGCCGGAGUCGGGAACAUACUCCUCAUUGUCUCCACGGCAACUGACUACUGGAUGCAAUACCGUCACUCGAGCAAUUAUAUGCACCAGGGCCUGUGGCGGUACUGUGUGCCUGGGAAAUGCAUGACACACACAGACAGCAUUGCGUACUGGGAUGCCACACGGGCCUUCAUGAUUCUUUCCCUGCUGGCUUGUUUCAUCGGCAUUGUGAUUGGUGUCAUGGCCUUCAUCCACUACUCCUCCUUUGAUGGGUUUGACAAGACCUUCGCAGCGGGGAUCCUCUUCUUCAUCUCCUGCUUCUUUGUGUUGCUGGCGAUGGCCGUGUACACAGGCGUGACAGUGAACUACUAUGGAAAACGCUAUGGCAGCUGGCGAUUCUCCUGGUCCUAUAUAAUGGGCUGGGUGGCAGUGGUGCUCACAUUCUUCUCAGGUAUCUUCUACAUGUGUGCCUACCGAAUGCAUGAAUGCCCAAGAAACUCUAACUCACGCUGAUCUGGCAAAGAAUUAAACAGCAGCAUAUACACACCAGCACUGGUCCAUAAUAAUUGGACAAGAGGAACCAAUACCCCAAACAACUUCCCUACUUUCUGUUGAAUGAAAUAUUCACGACUAAGCAAAAUAAAUGAGAAAGGUAAAGCA